GGUCACCGUUCGUUACCCAGUGCUCCGUGGUAGUGAGGCACUGUAUGAUCGGAAAAUUUGUGCGGUGGGAAGCUACAGAGGUACACCGAGUUCCAUUGUGACCAAACACUAUGCCCAAUCUUGGGAUUGCUCCGCCGGAGUAUAUCUCCCUCUGAGAUCGAGAUUGAGCCUCCUAGUCUUCCUCCUGCACGAACACCAAUGCUGAGAACGAUGACUUAUCUUCGUUUGUGGGUCACAGUGCUUGGCACGGAAUGCGGGGAGAGGACCCGACGGACACGUGCGGACCGUCCAUCAGUGUCUCAAGGAAUCCACUGCGGCAUAUACCGUACAGAGCGCUAUGAUAAUACGAAUGUAGUCCGUACAUACGGCAUAUCCGAAAUUUGCUUGGCUCUCUUCCUGCUAAACCUGAGUCGGUCCCACACGAAUUUCAGAAGACCCGUCUUGCACUAUUCCCCCACUGUGAAUCUAAACUUCUCGACCUUUGCUCCCCAUCAAAUCCGAGCUGGCCAUCUCACCAGACACGGACAACAUUCAGAAAAGUCCUAGUCUUUACGUGUAUGGAGGCGUUGACCUUUCAUGAAAGAAUGCUAUGUCGCACAACAUAGCGAUUUCGCUGCUGAUGGCCAAACUACCUUAGCCACCAAGCGCUGUGUUCAAGUUUGCGCUGUGAUGGCCACAGUUUGCAGCCAGCA